AUGGCCGGUCCUAUGGAGAGAGAAUAUCACGUUCAAUACCCGAGUCUUGUUGCCACAGUAAUUACCUUUAUUGCUGGGCUAAUGGCUCACUCGUUUAUCAUAGCUGUGAAUGUCACUGAGUGGCUGAAGAGAAGACCUGUGACUGCUGUCGACCAAAUCCUCACCUCCCUUGGGGUCACAAGGACCUGUCUUCUCUUCCUCUUACUGCUGGAUAUGGUUUCAUUCAUCUUCUUGAGAAAUCUGAUGAACUUGCCCACACAACUAUUUAUUUACUUGACUGAGCAUUCGUCCAACUUGACUGAUAUCUGGUUGACCACUCUGUUCUCCGUGGUCUUCUGCCUGAAGAUUUCCAACUUUGACAAUGCCUUAUUCUUGCGUCUCAAGAUAGUUGUAUCGCGAAGGGUCGUCCCUCUGAUUCUGGCCUCAGUGCUCGUGUCCAUCUUAUUCAUUUCAAUGUUUUGUUUUAUUGAUCACAAAAUAAUGUCCAAUAAUCCAGUGCAAAAUACAACAAUGAAUAACACCCAUCUUCCUGAGAUCAUACAUGUCUACAUUUUCAUGGCAAUGGGGAACAGUGUGCCUUUCCUUAUAUACUGCACCUCAUCCAUUCUGCUGAUCACCUCUUUGUGUCUUCACCUGAGGAGAAUGAGAUGUAAUAAGAAUGUGACAACCAACCUGGAAGCUUAUUAUAAAGCCAUCAAGUUCAUGACAUUCUGUCUUAUUUGUUUCAUGUUACGUAUUGGAUCCAACCUCCUGGCAUUGCACUUCUACCUUCAGAUAGACUUUGUGUGGAUUUUUACUAUUUUGAAUUCUUUACCAAUUCUACAUUCCAUCUACCUGAUCUGCAGAACAAACAAACUAAAGGAUCACGCCUCCAGGAUUCUGCGGCAUGGAACCAACUGCUUGUUCAAUAAGAGAGGUCCUGAAAUCGGUUCCAGAGGUCCGGUGGAACAAAAUCGCUCCAUGAGGUCAAAUUGA